CCGGGAGCGGGAGGUUGGCGACUUGGCGCGUGCAUGGUCCUGAGCCUUCCACGGCGUAAAUGCAGUAGCCGUCAGGGCAGUUCGUACGUGUCUCCAUGUCACUUCCUGUUGCCGGAUCGGAGCUUGAUAAAUUUCAGCUGAUUGAAGCAUCGUUUCGCCCGCUCCGGUCCUACAGGUCGUACAUUCUCCUGUCUCCGCGCACAUGGCGCCGCCCUCGCACUGCCACGUCGACACCAGCAAUGGCGUCCACCACAACGGCGGAGACGCCGUUCCGGUGGAAACGGAGACGACGGUGCCUCCGCCGCUGCAGGGCUCCCGGCAGCUCGACGCCGAAGAGUUCAGGCGGCAGGGACACCAGGUCGUGGACUUCAUCGCGGACUACUACGCCCGCAUGGGCGACUACUACCCCGUGCACCCCAGCGUCACGCCGGGCUUCCUGCGGCGGCAGCUCCCCGCGGAAGCGCCGGCGCGCCCGGAGCCCGGCGCGUUCGCCGCGGCGCUGCGGGACGUCCGCGACCUCGUCCUGCCCGGCAUGACGCACUGGCAGAGCCCGCGCCACUUCGCGCACUUCCCGGCGUCGAGCAGCACCGUGGGCGCGCUCGGGGAGGCCCUCACCGCGGGCAUCAACGCCGUGCCCUUCACGUGGGCCGCCUCGCCGGCCGCCACUGAGCUCGAGAUGGUGGUCGUGGACUGGCUCGGCAAGGCGCUGCACCUGCCCGAGGGCCUGCUCUUCCGCGGCGGCGGCGGGGGCACGCUCCUGGGCACCUCGUGCGAGGCCAUCCUCUGCGCCCUCGUCGCGGCGAGGGAGCAGAAGCUCGCGGAGACCGGCAGCAGGAGGAUCGGGGACCUCGUCGUCUACUGCUCCGACCAGACCCACUUCGCCGUCCGCAAGGCUGCGCGCAUCGCCGGCAUCCACCGCGACAACUUCCGCGAGGUCGCGACGCACCGCGAGGACAUGUUCGCGCUCUCGCCGACCGAGCUGCGUGCCGCCAUGCAGGCCGACGUGGACGCCGGGCUGGUCCCGCUCUUCCUGUGCGUCACGAUCGGGACCACGCAGACGACCGCCGUGGACCCCGUCCGUGAGCUGUGCGCCGUCGCGGCGCCGCACGGCGUGUGGGUCCACGUGGACGCGGCGUACGCGGGCUCGGCGCUCGUCUGCCCGGAGUUUCGGCACGUGACGGGCGGCGCCGAGGCCGUGGACUCGUUCAGCAUGAACGCUCACAAGUGGCUCCUGGCCAACAACGACUGCUGCGCGCUGUGGGCGCGGGCGCCGUCGCUGCUGACGGCGGCGCUGGGCACCGAGCAGGAGUACAUCCUCAAGGACGCCGCCGCGGAGGGGCACGACGUCGUGGACUACAAGGACUGGUCCAUGACGCUGACGCGGCGGUUCCGCGCGCUCAAGCUGUGGCUCGUGCUCCGCUGCUACGGCGUGGAGGGCCUGCGCGCCCACGUCCGCGCCCACGUCCGCAUGGCGGCGUCGUUCGAGGGCAUGGUGAGGGCCGACGCCCGGUUCGAGGUGGUGGCGCCGAGGCAGUUCGCGCUGGUGUGCUUCCGGCUCCGGUCGCCGGAGAAGUUCGGCGGCGAGAAGACGGCCAACGAGCUCAACAGGAGGCUCCUCGAGGAGGUCAACGGGACGAGCUCGGGACCGUACAUGAGCUCCGCCAAGGUGGGCGGCGUCUACAUGCUGAGGUGCGCCAUCGGGAGCACGCUCACGGAGGAACGCCACGUCAGCGACGCGUGGAAGGUCGUGCAGGAUCGAGCUGCCUCACAGCUCCGUAAAAUGGAGAUUAUUUACAGUGUGCUCGCUUAAGCUGGCCUCAUCUGAGCUCACAGUUAAGUGAGUUAGGUCCCGGUCUAAUCUACUUGGAUCGCUGUAAGUAUAAUCCAUGUUAGAUUGGGUCGGCGCCAUGGUCAGCUAUACUCUACCCAUGCAGCGAAAAACACCUAAUUCCCCAUGCAGAUGAUAGAAACCUAAUGGUUUCUAUGUCAUUCGUUCAAGCAUAAAAUGUUAUUGUUACAGUAAUUAAAGUAUUCUAAUUACGUACCAAA